AUGACUCCCGCAGCAGCAGCACCGCAGAGCCUGCCCGCGGUCUGGGCAACCAUCGUGCACACGUACAGCCCGCUACAGAUCGAGUUCGUCGGGUCGCUACUCGUGCAGCUGGUUUUCUUCUGGGGACCGGCGCUGGCAUACACGUGCCUCGACGCACUCUCCCCAGACUUCGCGGCGCGGCAUAAGCUGCAGCCGGCACCCAAGCAGCCUACAGCAGCCGAGGUGCGACAUUGCGCGGCGGUGGUGCUGCAGAACCAGGCGCAAUCUAUCGCGUUCGCGCUGGCGCUCGGCUGGGCGGCGGUGCAGACGGGGAACCGGGCGUCGCAGUUCCGGAUAACCAGCGCGCUGCCGGGGCCCGGCGAGGUGGCGUGGCAGGUGGCGGCGUGCGUGGUGCUGCGCGAGGUGCUGUUCUACUACUCGCACCGGCUGCUGCACACGCCGGCGCUGUACCGGGCGGUGCACAAGAAGCACCACGAGUUCACGGCGCCGGUGGCGCUCGCGGCGCAGUACGCGCACCCCGUGGAGCACCUGCUGGCCAACACGCUGCCCGUGGUGCUGCCGCCCAUCGCCCUCGGCGCGCACAUUGUCACCAUGUGGGUGUUUCUGGCGUCGGUGCUGGUCGAGACGUGCACCGUCCACAGCGGCUACGACUUUGCCGGCGGCAUCGCGCGGAAGCAUGACGCUCAUCAUGAGAAGUUUACUCAACACUAUGGGGCUGUGGGCUUGCUGGAUUGGCUGCACCAGACCGACGGGAGCAGGAGGAAGAAGGCGGCGUGA